CACAUCUCGUGAGCUCUCGCCAAUAAAAAAAAUAUAGUUUUUCAAUGUAAAGUAUUUACAUGAUACAUCUUAUGUGACUGUUUAACGUGUUUAGACACAUUUGAUUACAUUGUGAUUUACCGUGUUAGUGAAAAUGAAAUUGAAAAAUUAAGGUGAAGUAACUUGUCGUCAUGCAGCUCCGUGGGUCUGUGUCGCGCAGCACCGCGCAGGUCACCUAGACCGCCUACACGCCUCGCCUCUUACCAGAUAUAACGAUACCUCACAGCAACAAUGUCGCUCAAGAUACUCUACGUUACCUAUUCCGCCCUUAUAUUCAUAUACGCAUGCGGUGAAGAAGCUGCACCGCUGGCUCAACCACGGCCGGCAAACGCGACAGCUGAUCCGGCGGACACACGCUCCGUGGGCCGCGUACCGCCUUACGUGCCGCCCUACCAGGCACCUUACCAGCCCGCAGUCGGCAUAGCGCCGGGUCUGCAGCCGCCCGGUUUCCGACCUCACAGCCCUUACACGCGAGUUGACUCCUGGCAUCAUCGUCACGUGGCCAUCGAUUCUGACGUUAUCGCGGAAGACUUCGAUGACGACGCUGAUGACGGCGACUGCAACCAUCCCUGUCCUGCAGAUCAUUUCUCUUGUCAGGUAUCAUGCACCUGCAUCCCAAUGGAGAAACGUUGCGACGGCAUCGCCGAGUGUGCUGAGGCAGAAGACGAGCAGGGCUGCGCACGCGCGUGCGACGAAAGCGACAACCGCACCCUGUGCCACGCUACCGGCGUCUGCAUCGCGCUGACAUGGCUCUGCGACGGCGACAACGACUGCGGAGACUUCUCUGAUGAAACACACUGCGAUGGCACUCUUAACUGUACCGUGGACAAGUUCACCUGCACGAAUGGCCUCUGUAUCCACAAGGAUUGGGCGUGCGAUGGCGACAACGACUGUCGCGACAACUCUGACGAAAUGAACUGUCCUAAGGGCAAAUGCAGUGAGAAACAAUUCAGAUGCGGCACUGGGGAGUGCCUCGCCAAACACUGGCGCUGCGACAGGGAACCCGAUUGCCCUGACAACUCCGAUGAAGCUGAAUGCCGUAAUGACCUAGAAUUUCUUCAAUGCGGGGAAAACGAGUUCCAGUGCAACAACAACAAUUGUGUUAGAAAAGAAUUCCAAUGUGAUGGCGACAACGACUGCGGCGACUGGACUGAUGAAGACGCUUGUCCCACACUACCCGGCACUUGUAAUACUGGAGAGUUCAAAUGCACAGACGGAAAGUGCAUCCCUGACCGGUGGCGGUGCGACGGGCAACGUGACUGUGCAGACGGCGACGACGAGGCAGCCUGCGAACCAUACGGCCGUAAGAACUGCACAGUUGACGAAUAUACGUGUGCUGAUCGCAGGUGUAUUCUGAAAACAUGGCUAUGCGACGGCGUCAGCGACUGCACUAACGGCGAAGACGAGACCAAUUGCGAAGUGUCUUGCGAACAAGAUCAGUACAUGUGUAAGUCGAUGUACAGUUCCGUAUUCAGGAAUUGUGUGAACAAGAAGCACGUGUGUGACGGCAUGAGAGACUGCCCUAAAGGAGACGAUGAGGAGAACUGUCCAACCAAGCGCACCUGCACACCUAAUGAUCAUUGCGAAAAGCUAUGCAUCACCACACACGAUGGACAACCUGCCUGCACUUGUCCGUUGGGAUACUUAUUAGCUGAGGAUGGUUACAGUUGCCACGACAUCGACGAGUGCAUGUUCGAGCAGGACCCAGUGUGCUCACAGACGUGCUCCAACACUCCGGGCAGUUUCACAUGCGGCUGCAUGACGGGCUAUGUUCUGCGCCCUGACGCCCGCUCCUGCAAACCUAUUGGCGAGUCACCCACACUGCUGUUCACCAAUAGAAUUGGCAUACGAAAGGUUUGGUUAACUGGUGAAAAUUACGAGCCAGUGAUAAAAGGACUCCAUAACGCAGUCUGUCUGGAUUAUCAUUACGAAAAGCAACUCAUUUUCUGGUCAGAGAACAACAUGAAAGUAAUAAGAGUUGUUGAAUUGAUUAACAAUACAAUGUCAGAUGUAAUAAAAUGGGGAUUAGAAACGCCAGGUGGCCUGGCCUUGGAUUGGAUACACAAUUUGCUGUUUUGGACUGAUUCGGGCAACAGAAGGGUCGAGGUUGCGACGUUAGAUGGUAUGAAGCGAGCGGUGUUAACUGCUACUGACUUGGACAAACCUCGAGCUAUUGCUGUGCAUCCCGGAGACGCUUUGGUUUUUUGGACUGACUGGGGUCCAAACCCAAAAAUAGAAAGGACUGACAUGGAUGGUAAAAGAAGACGGAGUAUAAUCUUUGACAACAUAUUUUGGCCUAAUGGACUUACGAUAGAUUACGUAGAAUCUAAAAUAUACUGGGCAGAUGCGAGACACCACGUCAUAGAGAAAGCGUCUUUCGAUGGAAAGGAUAGGAAAAGGGUAACUAACAAAGGUCUACCACAUCCAUUUGCUUUGACGGUAUUUGAGGACGCAGUUUAUUGGACAGACUGGCACACAAAGAGCAUAUCAACGGUUAAUAAAUAUACUGGAAAGGGAAUACAAACUGUACAUGCCAGUCCUACUGCUCCUAUGGAUAUCCACAGCUACCAUCCAAUGCGGCAAAUUCGUACGUACAGAAAUCGUUGUGGUAAUGACAACGGAGGUUGUUCCCACCUCUGUCUCCCCAACAGCAUCGAUUACUCAUGUCGGUGUCCCGCCGGAUUCAAUUUAAAAUCUGAUGGCCGCACCUGUGAAGACACCCCGGAGAAACUCCUGUUAUAUGUUAGUAAGAAAAAUAUAAGACUUAAACUAUUGAAUCCUCGCAAGCAAAUAGAUUCAUUGGAUGCCGUUAUUCCAUUAGAAAAUGUAAAAUAUGGCGUAGCUAUGGAUUGGGAUCACAAUACGAAUACAAUAUUUUGGACUGACGUUGAUAAAGAUACAAUUAAUCGCGCAUAUCUUAACGGAUCUAAUCAAACAGUUAUAGUUUCUUCUAACCUUAUAUCACCGGCGGGCUUAGCUUAUGACUGGUUGACUGAUAAGUUAUAUUGGACCGAUUCUGGAAGUAACAGAAUUGAAGUAGCAAAUUCUGAUGGUACUAUGAGAGGACUUUUAGCUUGGAAAGACAUUGACAAGCCAAGAGAUAUAGUUUUAAAUCCGAAAGGCGGGGUUAUGUAUUGGUCUGAUUGGGGUGCGACUCCUUGUAUAGAGCGUGCUGAUAUGGACGGUAGCAAUCGAAAGAGGAUUCUCUUCGGAGACAUGACCUGGCCGAAUGGACUGGCGGUGGAUUAUGAUAAUAAUCGACUCUAUUGGAGCGAUGGCGGAAACCGAACAAUAGAAUACGCUAAUCUUGACGGGACUGGUCGAACUGUUUUAAUUGCUCAAAAUAUUCCACAUCCCUUUGGAUUGGAUUUAUUCGGCGAUGAAGUUCUUUGGACGGAUUGGGAAGCGAAAUCUAUACAAGCAGCAAACAAAUAUACUGGUAAAAAUCGUCGCACCCUGGGCGCUGGGAUCGAUGGUCUUAUGGAUGUCAGAGUAUUUCAUACUGAAAGGAAAUUUGUAGCCAAUCGUUGUGCGAAAAAUAAUGGUGGUUGUUCUCAUCUUUGCCUAUUAAAACCAAAUGGUCGAUCUUGUGCUUGUCCGACGGGUAUAAAAAUAAAUGACGAUAAAAAAACAUGUCCCGAAGGUCCGUUGAAUUAUUUGAUUUUUGCACAUCGUAUUGACAUACGCGUUAUGUCCUUGGAUGUGCCUUACCUCGUAGAUGUUGUCAUGCCGCUGCCUCCCCUCAAGAAUACAUUAGGUGUUGAUGUCGAUCAAAGAACAGGUAUGGUCUACUGGAGUGAUACGGCCGAAAGAAUUAUUCAGCGAUCGAAUAGACACGGACAAAAUGUUGAGACGAUUUUCUCGCACGGCAUCCGUACGUGCGACGGCAUGGCUAUUGACUCCGCUGGACGAAAGAUUUAUUGGACGGACGGAGGACGUAAUAGCAUUGAAGUUGCAGAAUUAGAUGGAAGCAAUAGGAAACUACUUAUUUGGACUGGAUUGGAUUCUCCUCGAGCCAUCGCAUUGUAUUACGAACAGGGGUAUAUGUUCUGGUCAGACUGGGGAACAACGGCUAAAAUUGAGCGGGCGGACAUGGACGGUAAAAACAGGCACGUCAUUAUAGAUAACAAUAUCAAAUGGCCCAACGGUUUAGCGAUAGAUAGAAUCGAAGGCCGCUUAUACUGGAAUGAUGCUAAAAUGCUUACAAUAGAGAGUUCCAAUUUCAAUGGUAAAGAACGACGUAUCCUUCUGAACAAAGUCCCUUAUCCCUACGGCAUAGUGAUAGUAGGCCAACACAUCUAUUGGACGGACUGGAAGACCAAGGCUCUUCAUAGAGCCGAUAAGACUACUGGCGAAAACCAAUUGAAGAUCAGAGAGAAUUUGGAAGGUUUGAUGAAUCUACGCGCUGUUCAAGGCGACCAAGUUUUUACUAACGCUUGUGGUGAGAAUAACGGAGGCUGUUCACAUCUCUGCCUACGUGCUCCUCAAGGUUAUUCGUGUGCUUGUCCGACGGGAAUACUUUUCGAAAACGACACUGAAUCAAAUCCGAAAAUCUGCAAACCUCAUCCUGACAAUUUCCUGGUGUUUGCUACUAAAAAGACUUUGACUAUGAUGUCUUUGGACACACCGGAGCAAUGGGAUAUCACUCUACCCGUAAAGAACAUCUCAAAUACGGUAGCAGUUGAUUAUCAUUGGGAAGCAAAAAUGAUAUACUUUACUGAUGUUGGUUAUAGUGUGAUCAGAUCUGUAAAUAUGACAAACAUGAGAGAUACCAAUGUUAUAAUCAAAGAAAACUUGACUGCUCCGAACGGUUUGGGUAUUGACUGGAUAGCCAACAAUAUGUAUUGGACCGAUAAUGAAUACAAGGUGGUGGAGGUAUCACGGUUAGAUGGCAGUUGCAGGAAGACAUUGGUCAGAAAUUUGACAGAACCUCGUUCCCUUACGUUAUUCCCAGCAAAAGGAUUUCUUUAUUGGAGCGAUUGGGGCGAGAUGCCAUUGAUCGAGCGAGCUUUGCUAGACGGUAGUCAGAGAAAAGCCAUCGUUACACACGACCUCGGAUUCCCGAAUGGUCUGACAAUUGACUUCAAAGACCGCAGACUCUAUUGGACCGAUGCUUUGAAACAGAGAAUCGAUACAUCUGAUCUGAAUGGACAACAUAGAGUGCAAUUAGUACCUCAUGCUAAAAAUCCUUUCGGAAUGACACAGUUCAACGAUUACAUCUACUGGACGGACUGGUUCAAGAAGUCGGUAAUGAGGGUCGACAAGAAAACUGGUAAGAACGUAACCGCGGUUAGCGCAGAACUGGACACAUUGAUGGAGAUCAAAGCGGUGUCGGCGGAAAAGCAACGCGGCUGGAACCCAUGCCGAGAUGACAACGGUGGCUGCAGCCACCUCUGUCUCUUUAGAGGACCAGAUUAUGUAUGCGACUGCCCGAAUGUACCAGAUGAACGGCCUUGCACUGCAGAAAUAAAAUUACGAGUCGAUACAAGAAUGCCAUCUCAUUAUCCAUCCUACUACGACUACAUGGACACCGAGGUAUCGACUAAGCAGCCGUUGCCCACGCCCCAGCCGGAGAAGAGCGUCGGUGUCAUCAUAAUUGGCGCGGUACUUGGAUGCUGCGUCGUACUCGGCGCCCUUACUAUUAUUGUCAUUUGUGUGAAAUUGCACCCGGGGCGCGGCGGCGACCUGAAGGAGAACUACCGUGAGUCCGGCGGCCACAUCUCCUUCCACAAUCCCAACUAUAGCUGCGCGGCUGGCACCAGCGCGCCAAGCGACGUCGACCGCCGCGGUAACAGGUUCCAAGGGAUAUUCAAGUACGACAAAAGCCAGGAACGUGUGACCAACGUCUAUAUCCCGGAGGGCACCAGCCUGUUACCGCCACCGCCGCCGCCGCCGCACCGCCGACCCUCGCACGAUGACUUUGAACCUGUCACCUUACACCCCUUCGCCUGAACUCGGACCUGUAAGGUGCAAGGUGCCAGGUGCCAGGUGCCAUCACAUUGACGAUGUGAAUCGAAUUAAUUAAUUAAAAUUACAAUUGCAAUAAAUCUAUUAAGUAACAAAGAUUUCGAUUUCAACGUGAGUGUAAUGGCAUCUUAACGAAAAAACGAUCUCAAUUACCAGGAAUAGACAGUUGUAGAAAUGACACAUAGUUUUUAGAGCAGGCGGUGUAUCAAUUACAAUCAAUGUUAGAGCUCCUAGAAACGCUAUACAGGCUGAUGACAAAGAAAAACACGCGCCUCUAAAGUCACAGAGUAUACAACAAAACUUAAUGGAAACUAAUUUGAAAUACGAGAUGCGGCGCCUAUUCCACCACCUAAUUUCGUCAAUUCCAAAUAUCAAUAAAAUGGACAUAUACGUAGAUAUAUACAGUAAGAUUAUUGUUAAUUGUAAACUGAUUGGAAAAAUUAAUGUAGGCUAAAUUUGUAGGAACGUAUCUGUCCUAGCCUACUUUAUAUAUCGAUUCAACCUUGUUGUCAGUAUUGAAACUCCGUCAUAUAACUAUAUAUGUAUGAAAGUGUUUGUGAUUUUAGAACAUUCCUCGGGAAUAUGAAUCUUAAACAUUGUUAUUGUUUAUAGAAAAUGGAUAUCGUGUAGAAUUUAGGUAAGUCUAGAAGACUAAAAUGAUAUUUUAUUAAUGUGUAAAUAGAUUAAUUAAAAAAAAACUGAGUAACGCAUUCCUGUAGUUAUUUACGUUAAAAUUUGAACGAAAUGUAAAUCGAAAUCAUGUCAUCUUGCGGCGUUGUUAGAUUUUCUUAAUUUUUAUAUUUUUUAUACUUCUACGAUACUAGAAUGGGUGAAUUCUUUAGAUUAUUUUGCUUCAAUUGUUCGCAUUCGCCCUACGUAGUAUCGUAGUUACAGAAAUAUGAUUUUUUAUAGAAUAAGUGUAACACAUAGAAUUAAAUGAAAUAUAUAAAAUUUGUAUUAUUUUCGUACAAGUCCGUGUUUCAUUUCUCGUAGGCUCACGAGAACACGAUACAUGGAGAAAUUAAAACUUAUAAAAAACAUAGAUUAUAAUAUGUAUUGAGGUCUGGGAUUAUUUUUUUUAUGUUCAUUUCUUUAGUGACGGGCUAUGAAUGGAAUCCCGGCCUCGCAUCACUGUAAUUGUAUGUUUGCUGAAUGUACGUACAUAUAUUUAUAUAAAUGUAUUGGUAAAUAUAGUUAACAUAUAUGGUAUUGAUUUAAUCAUGGAUCUCAUCGAUAAUCGUCACUAGAUAAUGGUCUUAUUUUCUGAUCGGUUUCCUCUAAUGCUUCUAGUAUUUACUUCACCACAAUUAAUAUGGUGACAAUAAGAUAUCAAUGUAAAUAAUUAGUUUUAAUUACGAAGAUUUUUUGUCAGACAUAUUGAAUUGUAAAUAAUAAUUUAUUUAUAACAUGCGAUGAAACACAACUCGUUUAUAUUUGAUUGAACAGAUGCGUUGGAAUAUUGCACGUCUCAUAUCAGAGUACAUUCCUUUAGUAAUUAAUUAGAAUUAUGUCUUUAAAAAUAUGCUUUGGAGUUUCCUACUAAAUAUAGAUUGCCUCAUUACUUCAGUUAUGGGAUAUCAUAUUAUUUUCUUUGUGUUUUAUCGAGGGUUCUAAUGACGCCCGCAAAGGGCGGGUAAAGUUUCACAGGGUGAUAUAAUCUAAGGUAGACUUAGGACUGGUAACGGUUACAGAUUCAAAAUGUAUUUGCGCAGAGAAAUUAUUUUUAUCCGCUUCAAUUCAACCAGACUGUUGUUAUCGCCGUCAAAUAUUUUUCAAAAUUAUUACUGCAAAAUUAUUUAUUACUAUUUCAUAGAUAAAAUCUUUUA